AUGGGCUACAGACAAUUCCUUUAUCUGAGCCUUCUUUUCGGCACCAUCCUGACUCCACCGGUAGCUGCCAAGCACUGCUACUACUAUGAUCUGACAGACACCCAACAGUGUGUGGGCAUCCUAAUGCACUGUGGCAAGGAAGAAGACUGCUACCAGGGCCAAGGUAUUGCCAGAGGCAUCUCUCACAUCAUCAGCAAGAGCUGUGUGGAGGCAACUAACUGCGGAAGGGAGCUAAGUGUUGACUAUAUGGGAGUCACUUAUAAGUUCAUGACCUACUGCUGCAGCGAGGAACUCUGCAAUGCCAGUCCGCCAGGCCCGAUGCAGGCUGAACCAGACCGAAAUAUUGUUGCAGCAAGCGUGGGCCUAGUCUUGCUUUUGAGCUGGCUGCUUUAA